CGGGAUGUUUCAAGGCAGCGAGGGCUGAAAGUUAAAUUCACAUAAAACCUACAUCAUCUUUUUAUUUAAAAAUGGACUCUGUUGUGGGAGAGGAUCAGACUUUGCCAUUUGACAUCAAUGGGAGUUUGCCCAGACUGACAGAUUCUUUACCCAGUGAAGAUCUCAGCAUGGACAACAUGACAGCUCCCAUGUUCCCUGGCCAGAAACUGUCCCCACACAAAGCCAUGACCAUGAAAGAUUAUGAGAACCAAAUCACGGCUCUAAAGAAAGAGAAUUUUAACCUGAAACUGCGGAUCUAUUUUCUGGAGGAGCGCAUGCAGCAGAAAUGUGAUGAUUCUACAGAGGACAUUUACAAAACGAAUAUUGAGUUGAAGGUGGAAGUAGAGUCUAUGAAGAGAGAUCUGGCAGAGAAGCAGGAACUUCUGGUGUCUGCAUCGAAAGCCCUGGAGAGUCUAGCAGGACGUGAUUCUGGGGACGGCGUGAGAGAAAGGGCUCAGAGAGAGAUGAAUGCACUCAGAGACACACUCAACAUGCGCAUCAGAGAAUUAGAGCAGGCUCUACAUUUUGCUGAGGAGGAGGUCGAGAAAAUGGCUUCAAUAGCUGAGCAGGAGAAACUGAAGAACAUCGGUUUGGAGAAACAGCUGGAAGCAGCUGGUCAGUCGGGAAACCCUGGUGUCCCCGGGGUAACACCUGGGCCUAUUCAAGACCUCCAGAAGGCACUUCAGGAGAAGGAGAGCAUUAUCCAGCAACUGCACGUGUCGCUCCAAGACCGGGACUCUCUUAUUGGACAGCUGCAAAAGAAUUCUGACCAGCCAAUGACAGAGCAAAUCUCACAGCUCAGCGCCUUGAUUGGACAGAAAGAUGGGGAGGUACAGGCACUGAGGGAGGAGCUGGACAGAGAGAGAGCCAGGGCAGAAAAAGACACCCAGGUGUGUAUGGAACAUCAGACAGAGCUUAGUCGGUUGGAGGCCCUAACCAGGCAGCUGACAGAGGAACUGAAGACCAACAAGAGCAGCAAUCAGAGCCUCAGUGCCAAGCUGGAGGAGGCCAACAGUCACAACAAGGCUCUGUCAGUUCAGUUGGAGGAGAAAGACAGUGAACUGGCUACGGAGAAGAGGAAUGCUUUGAAACGUGACAAAACUAUCCAAGGUCUUGGCGUUCUUCUUAAGGAGAAAGAAAAAGAGAUUGAGGACCUAUAUAAAGACAUGGAGGACAGAGAUCAGGCCCUAGCCAAGGCCAGAGAAGCCGUCCACAAAGCACAGAUACAGAAAUACCAGGGUGCCGAGGAGCAGCAGUCACUGUUGAUGGAGAAGCAGGAGGAGUUGUCAAAACUCCAGGCAGAGGCUCACUCUUCUCUGUUGGAAGCCCAGAGACUACAGCGAUCACUGGGGAGCAAAGACAUUGAGCUUGGCCUCCUGCAGCAAGCUAAAGACCAGCUAGAGCAAGAGCUGGAGGAACUGCAGCAGCAGAAGAAAAAAGGAGACAAGACCAUUAAUGAUCUGCAGAAUCAGUUGAAGAAACUAAAUGGAGAGUUUGCAGAGCGAGAGAACGCUAGAGAACAACAGCAUCAGGAGCAACUAGAACAGAUCCGCAGUGCUGAGCACAAACUACAGAGCACAAUACAACGCCUUACAGCCAGCCUCAACCACAAAGACCAGCAGCUACAGGAAUAUAUGAACAUGAUAAGGGAUCUGGAGCUCAGCCGGAGUCCUGCAGGAAGUGAUGUCAUGGUGGCAAAGCUGCGAGAGCGAUUGAAGGAGACAGAGAAAGCACUGGAGCGAGCUUUGGAUGAGAAGUUUGCAGCAGUGGAGGAGAAAGAUAAUGAGCUACAUCUUCUCCAGCUGAGUCUACGAGAGAAAGAGAGAGACCUUGAGAGACUCAACAACCUGCUUGCCCACAACCAAGAAACCAUCAGUAGUUUUGACGCGCUGAUUAAAGAGCGUGACGUGGAACUCCAGCAACUGUUGAACUCUUUGAAAAAUGCUCAGAGAUGUAAAGAUCAGACAGAGGAGAAUCUGAACAGAGCUCUCAGAGAGAAGGAUGCAAUCAUCCAGCAACUCACACACAGCCUGGAGAGCAAGACUAAAGAAAUAGAGGAGCUGAGAAAUACUGUGUUGACUAAGUCGGACUCUGACGGUCUUGAACUGGCAGGGCAGAUGUGUGAGAGGUUAAAGGUUGUGGAGGUUAUGUUGUCAGAAGCAGUGAAGGAGAGGGAGAGACUCGUCGUUGAUAAUCAGAGUGCUGUAGACAACCUGCUCGCUACCAUUAACAGCAAAGACCAGCUCAUUAAGGAGUCUGCGGAGCGUCACUCCCGUUCUCUCAGCGAACAUGCGGCAGAACUACAGGACCUGCGCAGGCAGCUAAUAGAUGCCCAGCAGCAGCUCAGUAAUGCUCAGAAACAGAACGCUACUGCAGAACAAGACGGGUGCCUAGAGAUGGCUGAACUCCGGGCAGCACUGGCUGAGAAGGAUACCAUCAUAAAUAAACUUCUAGAACGUGGCCAGGAGAGAGAUCGCUUCCUGACUGAGGUAAAGGGGACUGAAACUCCACCAGGCCAGGUACUGGAGCUCAGACAGACCAUCCAGCUGCUCCAGGAACAGCUCGAGGAAAGAGAGGCCGAGCUGAGCAGAAGGAACAGUGAGGAGGAUAUAGAGAGACCUGCUAUGAAGAAGUCAUCAGUCGUGCUGUUGAAGAAAGAACUGGCUGAGAAAACAGAUGCUUUCAAUAAGGCCCUGAAAAGAGAAAACCAACUCAAGAUGUCCCUGAGUGAGCUGCAGUCUGCAGUGCGUGAGCUGGAAGGGAAACUCGAGGCUCAGACAGCAAAUAUAGAGUCUCUGACCUCUACACUCAACACCAAGGAGGAGAUUAUAAAUGAGCUACAGCGGUGUUUGUCUCAGAGGGGAGAGAGUUGUCUAACUGCGGGCCGGGAUCAGGCCUCCGUGGUUGGGGAGGAUCGCAGCCUGCCCACCCUCCCACAGAGAGAGAGAACCCUCAUCGGGGGAGACAGCCAGCAAGAGGCUACAGUGGGAUCAGUAGACAUAAGGGUGGAGCAGGCGGAGCUGAACCGUGCCCUGAGGGUGGAGCAACAGCUCUACUCCAAUCUCAUCCGAGCUGUCAAAGAAAAGGACAGUGCUGAGAGACUGCAGGCUCUGCAGCUGGAGCUCACUGCUGUAACACUCCUCAGACAACAACUGGAGGCCGGUAUCCGUGACAACGAGAAACUGAGAGAGCAGUUGGAGAGAGAGAUCCAGAGGGCUGGUCAGAGAAAAGACUCAGACCCUGCGGAGCUGGAGAGUAUGCGCGACGCCCUUGAGGAAGCACAGCGCUGGAAUGCGUCUCUUCAGGCCCGACUGGGUCAGAUCCAGAGCCGCGGGGGAGGAGUGGGCCAGGCCAACGACUCAGCAGACACACUGAGUCUGAUUGGUGAGCAGACCUCGUAUCUGAGUUUCUGUGUGAGAGAAGGGCAUGAAGAGGAGCCAGAGGAUUUGUCUGUGCAACAGCUCAAAGUGAAGAUCUCUGAGCUACAGACAGAAAAUGCGGAGUUACGUGGGAAAUUAAGGGAGAUGGAGAGUGAAAUAAGAAGAGGAUCUGACCUCAGUGAUCUCAAAUCUCAUGGCAAGAAACCACAAGGACACGACCUUCCAGGCUCUAACACAGAGAGGCUAAACUCUGCAGUCACACAGGAGGAUGAAGAGACUGUAGGUGUGAGUGCUUCUUCAUCCCAAACCCAGACAGGGCCUGGGGAUUCCUCACACCCUCCCCAACGUGCCACACAUGACAGAGAGAGAGCAGAACUCAGGUCCCUCCUCGAAGACUGUGGAGCAGAGUCAGUCUCCCAGCUAAGGGAGCAGGUUGCCAGGCUCCGUUCUGAAGCUUCCCAGAUGCGUGGAUUCCUUAAAGAAGAGAACUCCACUGAAUCCAAAGAGAGCGCUGAGAGUUCCGGAGACAGCGAAGAUCAAAACUAUGACCUCCACCAAACUGUCUCAAGGCUGCGGACGGAGGCAAAGGGUCAUCGUAAGGUCAUCCGUCUGCUGAAGGAGCAGCUGCAACGGAGGUCAGCAACAGACGGAGAGGUGACUGGGUUUGACCCCGAGCUCAUUGUCAGCAUGGCCCGUGAAAUGGAGAGACUGAGAGCUGAAAAUGAUGCGGCACAGCGACAUGCUCACGCUCUACAGGACAGGCUCCAAGAGAGGGAGGAAAGGAAACAGAAAAAAGAACAAGGCUCUAAACUCAACAAGAACCAGAAACACCAAAUGGCAAGACAUGCAGCAUACGUAAAAUCUCGCUUGCCUGUACCGGUGAGGUCCAGAAAGCCAUCCGACAAAUCAGUUGAGUCCAAUCAGGAUUCCGAGAUGGAAGCUGAGGUCCACACAGGGACCCACAUGGAGCAGGCUUACCCAGGGAGGAGACACCCGGGUGAGGCUUUCACAGAGAUUGUGACAGAGAACCAGGCGAUUCCAGGGGGGAGCCAAAAUCAAAGCCCAGAAAUCAGUCAGAACAAAGGGAUGGGACUCAGCACGGCUAAGCAGAGUCCUGAUACGGAGGUCAGAUGGAACUCAGACAGAUGCUCUGAGGUGGGAGAUGCAGAGCUGCUGGCUCAGUUGGAGCUGCUCCAUCAGGAGUGCCAACAGAACGAGGAGCUCAUCGCUCGCUUACAGCUACAGGCACAGGAACGGGAUGAGCUGCAAGCAGAACUUCAGGAGAAAGACAAGCUGAACCGCCAAUACCUUGAGGCUUUGGAGGCUGCCGAAUCCACCAUCGCGUACCUGACCGCAUGCAGCCUUGACUCUGAGAGUAGGUUGGGCCAGGCUGAGGAUGGAGUGCUGUUGAUGCAGCGAUGUACGGAACUGCAGAAACAGCUGCAGGAGAAAGAACGGGUCAAUGCACAGUUACUGGAGUGUCUGAAUACAGCAGAGUCAGCCAUCGCUUCCCUUAGUAUUGCUGACCCACCUUUCAGCCAGCCUGGCCAAUUUAAUCAAUCACACGGCCAGUCCGACCACACCUCUGCCCAGUUUGAGCAUGCCGCUGACCAGGCAGAACCUCAGGAGCUCUGUGAAAGACUGGAGAGGCUUCUUCAACAGAUCAAAAAUUUCCAGGAGCAUCAGGAAGCUUCAGAGACCCUCAGGGGCCCGCACAGUACAGAGGGGGGCCCGGAAGUCAGGUCUGACGCAGAGGCUCAGACUAACAUCCUUCAGGCGGCACUUUGGGACCAGAGCAGACUGAAUGCAGAGCUUCAAGAGAAGCUUAGAGCUGCUGAGGCCACCAUAAGCCAGAUGAGCACUAAGGCCAACUACAGUGAUCCCACCCACUCUGGACCAGAGGACAAGGGUAACCACGAGACUUUGAAGAGACAAGAAUUGCUGAUUCAGUGCUUGUCUGAGUGUGUGCAAUCCACGGAGAGUGCUGUUGAAUCUCUCACAAACCUCUGCUCCAAUUAUGAACAUCCUGGUCAGUGCCCUGCUGAUUGCUCUCCCAGGGUUGAGCUGCAGCAGCAGCUGGACAGACUCCACAGAGCCCUCCAGGAGAGGAAUCUGUUUGUAGAACCGGGCAGAACCGAAGCAGCACAAAUCAGCGCGGCUGGCAGUCAGCCACACGGAACAGCAAGAAGCAAUACUGCCACACAACGAAACACAGCCAGACAGGGCAAGCACCAACAAACCCGAGAGAACUCCAAAUCAGAACCGCAGAAAUCAGCAGGAACCAUGUCCUCUCAGAACAUAAGUCUCAAUUCAGAGCAUCAACACAGGGACCUGUACAAGAACCUCUUGGUGCUCCUUCAGAUCAUCACUGAGCGUGCUCAGAAAGUGCAGGAAUUAGAGAAGCGGCUUCAAGGUGACAUGAGGCAUGGUCAGGUGGAUAACGGAGAAGUUCGAGCUGAAGAAGUGUGGCUUGAGAAGGAGGCCCAGUUGGAGAGUCUGCAGAAAGCCCUGAGGGAGAAACAAAAGACAUGUCGAUCACUACAGGAGAAACUGACCACUGCUCAAUCCAUCAUCGCUCUUCAAAACUCUGCAAAGACAGAUAAACACAGCAAGGCACCCCUUGGGGAUCAAGAUGAAAAGGGGGUUCAGGUGGACCUGCAGGAUCUGGGCUAUGAAACAAGUGGAAGAAGUGAAACAGAGGUGGAGAGAGAGGAGGGCGGUAGCACAGAUGUGGACGGUACAGUGCAGCAGGAUGCUGCGGUCUUCCCAGUACUUAAGCCUUCCCUUCCUGGUUUCUCCUCAGUGGAGAAUCUUGACACCAGUGCUUCCAGUCCAUCUUACCCCAGUUCCCCCGGUCUUAGCCUGAAUGGGGAACUACCUCGACCCCAUGAACUGAACAACCUCACCUCUGAACCUGCUCUGCUCCAGCAGCAGCUCGUACAGCUCAGGGCACAGGUCGAAGGUCAACAGAAGAUCAUUCAGCAUCUCCAGGGGCAGAUCCGCAAGGCAUCUUUGAGCUUGACCCCCGACCCUGCCGUUGAGCAGGGUGGUGAGGGUGACAGGGACAAGAUGAUGAAGCUGAAGGCACAGAUCUCUGAGCUCAGUGUUGAACUGGAGAGAGAGAAAUCACUCAACAGGAGCAACCAGUCGCCCUCACCGUCCAGGAUAGAGUCGUUGGUGCAGUCUCAGGCACGUGAGCUGUGUGAGUUGCGGGAACAGAUCCGUGUGUCUCGUGGCCUAGGGGUGGAGCAGCGCAGGCAGCUGCUGGAGCUCAGAGGGGCUUUAGAGGAGCUCCUCCAGCCCGGCCUGGACUCACAGCUCAAAGACCAGCUGGACAGGAGCCUUGGACUACUGGAUAAACUGGAACAAGGAGAUGCUCACAUGGAUAGUGAGAUGGGAGCUGAGCAAGAGCUGACUCAAAGCGAAUCUGAUUGGAUGCUGCAUGAGUUGCAGUACCUGCGCUCUCAGGUAGAGGGCGACAGGGAGCAACAGCAGCUGCAGAUCAUGUAUCUGUGCCGACAGAACCAGAGUUUGGCUCUGGCCACAAAGGAUCAUUUAGAUAUACUUUCUGUACAGCUACAGGAGAAGGACAACCUGAUCCAGAGCUUGAAAGAUCAACUCCACAGCUGCCAAACUCUUAGCAAUCACCAGGCUUCAGACUCUGAGAUGACUGACAGGCUUUCAAACGAUGGCACCACCUCCUUCCAUAACAGCCCCUCAGGCCAGCACAGGACAAACUGCAGCUCAGGCCACAUGGGGCUUAUGGUGACCAAUGGAGUUGCUGCUGGAGAUCCAGGGGGUGUGUCCAGUGAGGUAGGAGUGUCAGAGACAGGUGAGAGGCGUGUCUGGAGGCUACAGAUGGAGAAUGGCAGACUCCAGGAACAGCUGAGGAACAGCGAAGAGCUCAACGCAACACUCCGCAGUGAACUUGACCUCACGCGCUCCAUCCUCACACACACGCAGAGCAGCCCAACCCAACAAGCCCAAACACAGAACCAAACCAACAAAACUAUCAGCUCAGAUCUGUUGGCCGAGCACCUGUUGGAGAUUCGUGCUCUGCGGCAGCGUCUAGAGGAAACUAUCCGAACCAAUGAAAGACUGAGAGAGCAGCUGGAGAGAAAACUGCAGCAGGCAGAGAGAGACACGGCUGCCACAAACAUUUUCAUUGCUGGAGCAGAGGAGCAAGGCCAACUGACCAAUGAGAUUCGCUUCCUCUUGGCCCAAAACCACACCCUUAAAGAACAGCUUAACCAAGGAGCCAGAGAUAAGCAGAAAGAGAAUGAUCGUUUGAGGGAAACGCUUGCUAGACGGACGGCCAAACUGGAGCUCAGCCGUAAAGAGUGUGAUGCACUUCGGCAGGAACACACAAACCUACAGGACAACCUGCAGUACAGCAGAGAGCAGAUUCACAGGUUGCAGCGGGAGGUGAAGAUGCAGAGACAGCAGUUGGCUGACACUCAGCAGUUGGUUCAGUCUCUGCGUGUGGAGCUGCAGGUUCAUGAACACAUCAGGAGCUCAGCACAAACACACACAGAGGGAGGCCAGGAGAAGUCUGGUGUGUCUGCUGACAGUGUAGACCUGAGUGAGCUGCUGGCUGAGAUCAGACGCCUGAGGCUGCAGCUGGAGAGAAGCAUUCAGAUUAAUACAGCUCUGAGGGAGAGACUCGAACAACUGGACCCCAAGUCUACUAUCAACAUCAACUACCUACUGCCUCACACAGAUGACAGUGGCAGGUCAGAGAUUAUGCACAUCCAUACAGAACGAUCCAGUGCCUCACAUGACAGUGGUAGUUCAGUGGGCAGUGGUUCUCCUGCUCCCUCCAGGCUGGUCCCGGGUCACAGACUGUGGGCAGACCGACAGGGUCGACACGUCUUGGGUCUGAUAGAGGAUUACAGUGCCCUCCGCAAACAGAUCACAGAGGCACAUACGCUCACCUCACACAUGGACACACAGCUUCAGCAGGCCAGCACGGUUCUGGAGCAGGCCCAGUCUAAGGCGUUCUCUGGCAGUGUCAAUCGAAUGCUGCAGGUACUGGAAGAGGCCACACGUCUGCUCAACCUCUUCUGGAGAGUCACACUACCGUCAGGAGACUGCAACUACACUGAACAGGAGGAGUUGUUGCGUGGUGAGAUCUCUCGUCUGAAGAACAGGUUAUCACAGCAGGAGAGGAUGUUGACUGGAGCUGUUAAACGCCUGCGCUCCACCAACAAACUGAAGGAGGGCAUGGAGAGAGUCAUCAUCAACCAGCUUUCACUCACUCAUGGAGUCCUGAGAAAAGCCAGAGGGAACCUGGAGACUAACUCUCUGAACAUUAUUGGGCUGAAAGGCCUGGAGGAGGCAGGUUAGUGUUAGAGGAAGAGAGGACCCGUGUGUGUGUGUGUGUGUGUGUGUGUUUCUCUGCAUGCGAGUGUCUUAUUGCUGUGGCAUGAUUUAAAUAUCUUAUCUCAGGCAUGCAUAAGCUCAUCGUUUGUUUUCUGUGCUUGGUUUUAUGGCUGUGUGAGUUGGC